ACGAAUUUCACUUUCUGAAGAUCCUUCAAUCUCACUACUCAUCCAUAUAUAAUGUUGCAGUUGACCCUAACGAAGGCAUGCUACAUACAUUCAAGGGUAGAGUUGCUACAUCGAAUUUUGAUGAUAAAUCGUCUUGCCGUUGGUUCACCGGUCCGUUGUCACAAUUCGUUGCUGAAAGCCCCUUGGCGGGAAACAAGUACAACCUCAUUAGCUCCAUACAUUCGCUCUACUACACGGGUGACUUUGAGACGACCUUCACCCAACUAGCAUCCAUGAUGAAAGAUAAGGGUCUCAUGAUCAUCGUUUGUCACAACGAUUGCCUGAUCUCGAAAACAUUCCACAAGUUACCUUGGCUGACAGAAAGCACUCCAUCAAAUCAACAACUUACUUCAAAGAAUGUUCGAGAGUUCGCGCAAAGUCAAGGGUAUGAUGUCACCACUGUCGACAUACCUGUACAUUGGGACAUCACCGAAGUGUUUGAUGACCAGUCAGACUUUGGAAAUAAACUCCUUGACUUCUUCACCCAGGGGGCGUACUUUCGACAGACGGCGCCGGCUGAGUUGGUCGAUGAUUUGAUGAGCUUUUGGCGUUCUAUUUCGACCGAAGAUGAAAACGGACGUAUUUUAGCACCAGCCCAUGACGAAAUACUUCUUAUCUCAAAAUAAUUCACUGCCAUCGUUCUUCAGAGCACUUAAGAGUAUGUUGUUUAAAAUAUCAAGUAGGAUUCAUCACAACUGCCUUUUUUCAUUCACUAUAUAGUUACCUAUUUACCACGUAUUGGUGCUCAAGCAGCUCUAAGAGUGCCUUGGAUACGACACUGGAUGGAUAUACCUGUAUUUAUAUAUAUUUCCAUUUUAAAUAUUCUAUAAACGAUUUAGAU